AACUGAGUCGUGAUCAUCCGGUGGAGCCGUGGGUGGAUAGCCUUCCCUAUUUACCUUCCCCGUCGCCGAGAUUACUGUCGUUGCAGUUUGCUGGGUGGCUUAAUGGACGACUUUUAUUCGCCGUUUUGGGGGUAACAUUUCUGGCUUGUAUCUCGACGUGUGUGUGUGGGAGUGUGUGUGAGAGGAAAUCGGCUCGGACGUUGGGGAUAUCCCCUGAUUGUUUAGCCGAGCGAGAGACCGAGCGUCGUUUUCCACAGGCUAAGCUAACAGCAGCGCGGCGUAACGGGUGGGGGUGGAUUUCUACAUCUCGGCCCUCGGGAAGCUGAAUAUAAAUAACGUCUCAGGAGUAUGUUGUGGGACAAUGACAAGCGCAAGAGGCAGAACUAAUGGAGACGAGCUUGUCGGAGAGGAGGAACGUCAGUGGAUGAGUGUCGGUUGAACGGUCGAUAAAGAGGGGUAAAGUAGUUGAGCUAGGCGAAGCUAGUCGGUCGGCUACAUUGAUCGAGGAAGUUGACUAGCCACCUUGCUAACUCGGCGACAAAUGUAUUACUGGACCAAGGGUCGUCUCAAGUGUUAUUCAUCGAUUUAAAGAUUCACACAAGAGGCCAGUGAUGCUAGUUUUUAAAGCUAAAGUUUAGAAAACACACAUUCUUAUUGGCUUUUUAACCAAACACGCUAGCUAACGUCAGUUGGUUACUGUUAGCCAGUUAGUCGGAGGUUGUUGUAAACAAAGGGUCCCGAGCUCCACCUGUCCACAGCAACAUUACACCUCGGGUUGACGUUGGCUGGUUGUCUCACGGACAUCGUUGCCUUUUUAUUUAGCAGUGACACCCACUCUCAGAAAUGGAUUUAAAGACAGCAGUGUUUAACGCAGCACGGGACGGUAAGCUCCGGCUGCUUCAGAAACUGUUGGAGAACAAAGAUGGACACGAGGUGACCAAGCUGAUGGGUGAGAAGACAAACGGGGCCACCCCGCUGUUGAUGGCCUCCAGGUACGGCCACCUGGAUCUGGUGGAGUACCUGCUGGAGUGCUGCAGCGCUCCCGUGGAGGUCGGUGGGUCGGUGAAUUUUGACGGGGAGACCAUCGAGGGAGCGCCCCCCCUGUGGGCAGCCUCUGCGGCGGGUCACCUGAAGGUGGUCCAGUCCCUGCUGGGCCACGGAGCGUCUGUGAACAGCACCACCCUGACCAACUCGACACCGCUGAGGGCAGCCUGCUUUGACGGCCACCUGGACAUUGUGAAAUACCUGGUGGAGCACAAAGCUGACCUGGAGGUGGCCAACAGACACGGUCACACGUGUCUCAUGAUUUCCUGCUACAAAGGACACAAGGAGAUAGCACAGUACCUGCUGGAGAGAGGCGCAGACGUCAACAGAAAAAGUGUGAAAGGCAACACAGCACUUCAUGACUGUGCAGAGUCGGGCAGCCUGGAGAUCAUGCGGAUGUUGCUGCAGUUCGGAGCAUCCAUGGAGCAGGACGGCUACGGCAUGACGCCCCUGCUCUCCGCCAGUGUCACAGGCCACACUAACAUUGUAGACGACCUGACGACGCACCCACAGACAAGUCACAAAGAGCGCAUUGAUGCCCUGGAGCUCUUGGGAGCCACGUUUGUUGACAAGAAGAGAGAUCUGCUCGGAGCUUUAAAAUACUGGAAGAGAGCCAUGGACCUCAGGUACAUGGACAGUAACAACAUUGUCCAUAAACCAGAACCCAAGCAGCUGAUCAUGGCAUACGACUACGCCAGGGAGGUAACAAACGGAGAGGAGCUGGACGGGCUGAUAUCUGACCCGGAUGAGAUGCGCAUGCAGGCACUGCUCAUCCGUGAAAGAAUCCUCGGCCCACAACAUCCAGACACUUCUUACUACAUCCGUUACCGUGGUGCCGUCUAUGCUGACUCUGGGAACUUUGAGCGCUGCAUCAACCUGUGGAAGUAUGCGUUGGACAUGCAACAGACCAACCUGGACCCCCUCAGCCCCAUGACGGCCUCCAGCCUGCUGUCGUUCGCCGAGCUCUUCUCCUUCAUGCUGCAGGACAGAGCCAAAGGGCUCCUGGGGACAUCGGUGUCAUUUGAGGACUUGAUGGGGAUCCUUUCCAAGAGCGUGUUGGAGAUUGAGCGGGCGGUUAAACAAAAUGGACCGAUGCCUCCUGACCCUGCCCAGCUCAGCAAGGCCCUGUCAAUCAUCCUGCAUCUCAUUUGUCUUUUAGAGAAGGUGCCCUGUACUGCAGAACAGGACCACUUCAAGAAGGAAACCAUCUACAAGUUCCUGAAGCUCCAGCCGUGUGGUAAGAACGGCUACAGUCCACUACACCUGGCAGUCGACCGAAACACCACCUGUGUGGGUCGGUAUCCCGUCUGCAAGUUCCCCUCCCUCACAGUCGCCUCUAUCCUUCUUGAGUGUGGGGCAGAUGUGAACAGUCGCGAUGAAGAUGACAACAGCCCCCUCCACAUAGCCGCAUCCAAUGGCCACCCUGACAUCAUGAACCUACUGAUAUCAUGCGGAACUCACUUUGACAGCACCAACGCCUUCCAACAAACGGCCUGUGACCUCCUGGACGAGAAGGAGCUGUCCAGGAAUGUAAUCCAGCCCAUUAACCACACCACGCUGCAGUGCCUGGCCGCCAGGGCCAUCGUCAAGCACAGCCUCGAUUACCGGGGAAACAUCCCUGAGAAACUAGAGGCCUUUGUGUUGCUCCACAGAUAAUGAUCGUGGAGGAGGGGAAUGGAUGGACGAUAAGGGGAGUAGGUGUGAUCACAUCGAGUGGAGUGGACAGACUGAGGAGCGUCAUAGUUCAAGGCCUGACCUACGAGGUGUUUGAGGAGUGGAAGGACACAGUGUUGUGGGUUAGGUUUGCAAAUUCAAACUAGAAUAUCAGAGGAGAAUAUGAACUUGAAGAUUAGUGUGAUCAAAAAUGUCUUCAUUCAACCAGGAUAAACUGAAAAAUGAUCUGAGGUGAAUGGAGGAGGGAGUUUUCUUCCUCUGUUUGCUCUUUGAUGGAGCCACAGCUCUGUGGUUCCAUCUGUGGGGAUGUAUUACGAGUGGAUUGCAACAUGGACAAACACAGUUGUAUCUCUGGAUGAACUGAGCACGGGGUUUACAUAUUUUUUGCUUUAGAAAAAUUUGAUUUUUUUUUUUUUUUUUUGCAUAUUCCACUAUGCUAUUUAUUGAAUGAAACUUGAGAGAUUUUUCUCCAUGCUGGCUCCAACCCAGCCUCAACUUUGCCUGCGUCUCUCUUCUAAAAAUAAGGAUUGAGGCAUUUCUACAUAUGCUGGGACUUCAGGUUAUUUUAUUUUUUUGUUUGUCCCAUCACUGUUGCCAACAGUCAUGGACCCUUCCUCAGUUAUUAUUAGGUUCCUCUUUUUUUGUACUUUUACAAAACAUUUAGUUAUUGUCAUGCAACUCUGGAUAUCUGCCAAGUAGUGUGGAUUCUAGACUCAUUUGUCGUUCCCUCUUUAGUGUAUAACAAAGCUUUACGAGAAGGGUUUAAUGUCUGCGAACACCAUAAGUGCUUUAUUCUUCCUAUGCACAGGCUAGGCUGUUGGAAAGAGAGACUGUUGUAUUCUGUGCCGGCACUUGUCUGUGCAAUAUCUCAUGAGUUUUUGUGUUUACCUCAUUGCUGCCGUUUCCUUCAGCGUCUCCUUCCUUCACUCAGAGAAGGGAGGGGACGCAAAACCAUUGUACUGAUUGUUGUAAGAAGUGUGAAUGAAUUUGAGUGACUGUGUAUGUUUGUCUGUGUGUGAGUACCACACAGUGUGUUUCAUGUAUGCAGAGUGUUUUUUUUUUGUUUUUGUUUUUUUGAGCUUACACAAAUUAUUGAGGACAAGAGUUUGAAGUGGCGCUCAUCGAGAUUCCAUAAUGCACAUGACUGCCACUAAAACCCACAGCGGCCAAACUCAGUGUCUACAACCGCUGGAGUGUGCAGGCUUGUACACAGAAGUGACCUCUUAACGUUUGUACAUGGCCGACCUUUAAAAUGCCAUCGUUCUUUAAAUAAUCAUGAUCAAAAAGGAAAAAAAAAUCUAGGUAGGUUACCAACAUUGGCCCACUGUGCAUGUGCAGCAGCAUAUCAACCAACCAGUCACUGCAGAAAACCUUUCAUGAGAACUCCUAGACUCCAAACCAGACUACAGCUAGGAUAGUUCUGCUUGUUUUGUACAACCGUCGUCCAAUUGUAUGAGAGCUGAAGACACAGAUGAGUGGGAGGACGCCUUGACGUACAGAAUAGUAAAGCUUUGUGAAUUAUCUUGUUUGCACAUUAGCUUCUAGAUGUGUGGGUUGAAAAAAGGGCUUUUCAUAAUUCAUAGGAUUUCAUAUUGCAGUCUAUUUAACCUGACAGUUCAAAACCAGACAUAGAAAAUGUAUGAGGACUCCCAGGGCAACUUGAUUUGAAUCUGCACUUUACUACAGCGGAGUUUAAGAUUUGAUAUGGCAUUAAUCAAGUUCAUGUCUUAAUAACCAGUUUGACAAUAAACCCAUGUUGCACUUGU